GAUAGAAAUAUCUUCUGGUGAUAAUGGAGUAGAUCUUGAAGGAUUAUUUAGAAAAGUUUUUGUUGUUGUACAAUGUAAAAAUUAUAGAGGGAGUGUUGGUGUUGAUAUAUUACGUUCUUUAGAAGCGGUAUUAUCUAGAUAUCCUGAAAAUACUAUUGGUAUUUUAGGAAACAUAUAA